ACUUUUGCUGUCAAACGGUGGUGACAUUUUCAGAUGAAUUAUUUUCUAGAAAGAAAAAUAAAUAGGGCUACAGAGAUUCACAGUGUAGGCGUAGUAUCUAAAUAAUAACGGGCAGGCGCGAGUCUUAAAUUAUGCACAUAGUGAUUAUUUUAUUUUAAGUAAGAGUAGAAUAAUAAUAAUAAAAAUGAGUAAGCAUAUGUAUUCGACUGCUAACCUUACUGACAAGGAAUUAAAAGAGCAGGGAAAUAGAUUAUUCAGUUUACGAAAAUUCGAAGAUGCUAUGAACUGCUACACGAAGGCUAUUAUCAAAAACCCAUCAGUGGCCACAUAUUUCACGAAUCGUGCACUAUGUCACUUGAAAAUGAAAAGAUGGGAGUCGACAUGCAACGACUGUCGCCGUGCUCUUGAUAUUGACACCAACCAGGUCAAGGGACAUUUUUUCCUUGGUCAGGCAUUGGUUGAACUUGAUUGCUAUGAUGAGGCUAUAAAACAUCUUCAUCGUGCCAAUGACUUAGCUAAAGAACAGAAGUUGAACUUUGGGGAUGACAUAGCAGCACAGCUUCGUAUAGCAAGAAAAAAGAGAUGGAACGUUCAAGAGGAGAAGAGGAUAUCACAAGAGAUUGAAUUGCAGACUUAUUUGAAUAGGUUAAUAAAUGAGGACAUGCAGCGUAGAAUAGAAUCAAUAAAAGUAGAAAACCCAAAUGAAGAAGAGGCUAAUGCUAAAAUUGCUAAAGUUGAAGAAGAAUGCAAUAACUACAGUAGUGAAUUAAAUAAUUUAUUUUCUAAAAUGGAUGAAAGGCGAAGGAAACGGGAUGUGCCAGAUUAUUUGUGUGGUAAAAUCAGUUUUGAGAUUCUCAACGAACCGGUUAUAACUCCGAGCGGAAUUACAUAUGAGAAGAAAGAUAUAGAAGAACAUCUUGAGAGGGUCGGUCACUUCGACCCGGUGACGCGAGUGAAGUUAACAGCAGACCAACUAAUACCUAACUUCACGAUGAAGGAAGUUGUCGAUGCUUUCCUGCAGGAGAACGAGUGGGCGCUCGAUUACUAAUCGAUUUAUUGUAUCGAUUAUAAUUGUGACGAUGUAACAAUUGACGAUGUAUCGAUUAAUUGUAACGAGAUAUUUUAAGCGAUUGGUCUUUCGUCGAUUAUAAUUUUAUCGGUUAUUGUCCACCCUGUAUAUAAUCUUUUAGGAAUCGAUUCAAUGGAUUCUUUCGUAGGUAUAAAGAAUGGAUAACAUCCAUUUAUAGUAAAUAUAAUAUUGAUUUUAGUUUUUUUAUACACACUGUAUUUUAAUUUUUUCUCUUAUAGCAUCUAUCGAGAAUUUUGGUAACUAAACAUAAAUAAUAUUUUUAAUCUAUAAACAAUCAUCAGCUCGUUAUCGUCCCCACUGAGGGGCUAAGAGCCUACACUAAGGUGACUAGGCCAUAGUCAACACUGGUCCAGUCUUUUUGACUAUACGUCUUUGAAUAUCUUCACAGAUAUAUGCAGCAUCUCAUUGUUUUCCUACAUUUUUAGAACCUCGGAUAAAUGUACAUAUUUAAAUCGAAUAUUGAAAAAGACAUUGGUACAUCGCGGGAUUCGAACCCAAGACUACAAGUAAACCAUUGGGAACCAAGGGAAAAUAUUUUCUUUCUGUCCAUCCUCUUCUCCGUCGAUUAAAGGUAGGGAACGCAUA